CAGCGAUUGACGGCAAUGUUUGACAACGAAAAUGACAGUUCGUUCGUUUUCAUUGUGCGUGAAUGUACGUUCGCCGAUACACGUACAUUUUAUCCGACUUUCUAAUUAGAUUUCAUGUGAUUAUGAAGAAGUAGCCUUUCACUUUUGCAGUUUGUCUCAACCAGAUUAUAAAAAUUAAAUAAAUGUGACAUAUUUUACAACCUACCUGUAACACUAAUGCCAUGGCCACAUCGUUAUCCGAAAUGGCAUACAAAAAUUACUGUGUUGUGUUUAUAAUUUUCGCUCUUGCGAUAGUACAAGCAGUUGGUUUCGACACAGAAUUGUAUGAAACACCACCUUGCGACAGCAAUGUCUGCUUUGAGGCGCUCCAUGGCGCUUUAGGAGACUGUUCCUGCAACGUUGAUACAAUAGAUUACUUCAACAAUGUUAAAAUCUUCCCACGCAUCCAAAGUCUUGUAAGUAAAGAUUAUUUCCGUUUUUACAAAGUAAACUUGAAGAAGGAAUGCCCUUUUUGGGCUGACGACAGCAGAUGCGCUAUGAAAUACUGCCACAUAAAAACAUGUUCGAAAGAAAGUGUGCCAGGUUACGCCAAUGGUUAUGAGAACGAUCAUUAUGACGAAUCACCAGCUACUAAGUACUCCAAAGAAGCACAGUCAGAUUGUAGUAGAGAUUCUGACCAUGAUCCUGAUUUGGGGUACCUUAACAUGACCAUCAGUGCAGCUAGCCAAUAUGAAAUAGCCAAAUGGAAAGCAUAUGAUGAUGCCUUAGAAAAUUUCUGUGAAAAUGAUGAUAGGGAUGCAGAAGCUGAUUAUGUUGACCUCUCUUUGAAUCCAGAAAGGUAUACAGGGUACAAAGGUCCUUCAGCUCAUAGGAUCUGGAGGAGUAUAUAUCAAGAAAACUGCUUCCGCCCCAAAUUGAAUCCUUAUGAAUCGUUUCCUUAUGUGUUAAGCACAGAUUUGAGUAACAUGUGUUUAGAGAAAAGAGUAUUUUACAGAGCAGUGUCUGGUAUGCACACCAGUAUUAAUAUUCAUUUGUGCUCUAUAUAUCUGUUAUCAGAGAAGGGGGUGGGAUUUGCAGCUCCACCUGAAGGAGAAUGGGGUCCAAAUCUUGAUGAAUUUCAACGCCGUUUUGAUCCAUCACAGACACUUGGAGAAGGGCCAAAUUGGUUGAAAAAUCUUUACUUUGUAUACUUGUUAGAAAUGAGAGCACUAGCUAAAGCAGGCCCAUAUUUAGAGCGAGAAGAGUAUUACACUGGCAAUCCCAUAGAAGAUGAGGAGACUCGAGGAGCAAUACAGAAUAUGCUUGGUGUGAUAUACAGUUUCCCUGAUCAUUUUAAUGAGUCGUCAAUGUUCAGUGGAGGGAGCCAGGCUGCUACAUUAAAAGUUGAGUUCCGUGAACACUUCCGGAACAUUUCAAGGAUCAUGGACUGUGUUGGGUGCGACAAAUGUAAAUUGUGGGGCAAGCUUCAAACACAGGGGUUGGGUACAGCCCUAAAAAUCCUGUUUUCUGGUAAAUGGGACAGUCCCGAUAGCGAUCCAGAUCAGAGCAUUCUUCCGUUGAGGCACAGAGUGCAACGCCUACAGAGAACUGAAAUUGUAGCACUGUUUAAUGCCUUCGCAAGACUGUCAAAUAGUAUAAGGGAGUUGGAGAAUUUCAGGAUUCUACUUAGGUCUCAAGAACAUGAAGAAGAUAAGGCAGCGUUCCUGAUGUGUACUGUGAAAGUGACGUGACGUGAACGAAGGAUGUCACUUAGGUAAUUGUAUUUGUUAAUUGUUCGUUUUUCUCACAAAUCACGAACUCUUUUCGUAAGUUAAUGUACUUACCAUAAUGUUUAUGAACUCUAGUCCUUUACUCGUAUACUGAGAUAUUCGGAAAAGAAGUUUUUAGUUUCUCUAACUUCGAGGUAUCAUAGAGGCCCUUAUAUUUUCUACAUUUAUUUAAUAAAAAAAAAAUACAAAAAAAAAAUAACGCAGUUCAGGCUUCAGACAGGAUUCGAAACAACAUUUUCUGCUAUUAGAUAAUAAUAAAUAUUCUUUGGAUUUAAAAAUCUAGCAGUUAAAUCAUAGAAAGAAAAAUAUAAUAAACAUUUAUAAAUUUGUUAUAGCAAAAGAUAACGUUAAACUGUAUACAUUUAUAUGGCCUCGACCAUUUUUAAAUAAACAGCUUUCAAUUUAUUCUUUGAUUUACUAAAUAUGGUCCCUGAGUAUAUAUUUAUUCCUGAUGUUAUGAAUUUAUAAAAUGAGUAUUUAUUAUCCGAUUUAUCGAUAAGUCGAUAAUCUGAUAAUUUGAAAUGUUAAAUCGAAAAGCUAUCACGAUUUACCUACUUAGUAAAAAGACAAGAAUCAAACAUGAUAAAUGCACUUUUUAUAAAAAUAAACAACAAUUACGUAUCUAGGUGCUGAUUUGACUAAUAGCGUAUUACAUUUGGUGUUUUCGUUAGCCCGUAUUCGGGUGCACGAAAGAAAUCUCGAAUUACGGGCUGGAAGCUUAGAUUAAAACAAAAAGGGUA